CCUUGGAAAAUAUGUAUUUGUUGUAGGUCAUGUAAGUGUACGAAAGUGGUCAGAUUUGCCAAUGGCUGAAACUGAAAGUUCUGUUUGAAUGUUGCAUGUUACCUAUUGGCUGUAGCUUCUUUCAUUGUAAAUAUACUUGCGCACACAUGUGUAUACCCAGUUUAGUAUUAACAAAGAAAUUUACGUUAGUCACUCGUAUAAAUUGAAGCUGUCAUUUGAAACUAGUGAAACACGGGUGUUUUGUAGGUUUUAGGUUAUGUUUGUCGUGUGUCUGCUUUGCGUAUUUCAGUUUUAAUAUGUUAGAUUUUAAUGCAAAGAAUUAAGCGUGUCUGUGAUUCAGAAUCUGGAUGCAAUCUGUUCUCUUUUUAAAACAAUAUCCUGCAUUGAAUUACAUAUUGCCAGGUGAUGUGUUAAGCGGAUUUUGACUUUAGAUCUACGUACAUUGGCACCAAAGUUCAGGUACAGCGUUGUGUUGUAAAGUUAGUGUGUACUAGGUACGAGCGGAGCUCGUGUUGCGAAUCCAGGCAUUUAUGUGGUUUAUGUGCGAUCUAUCGAGACGGUUACGAACAGUAAAGCUUCGGAGCAAUAAAAUUUCGAACAGUUAUAUGUUUAGAAAUUUAUACUGAACGGGUUACCACAAGAAUGACCAACAAAAUGGAAGAAAAUUAUGUAAAAGUCGGGGAUUACAUAAUUAUCCAGAGACAGAAUUACACCAAAUUGCAUAAAGUGACUUUGAAAGGUACUGUAAUGUUGGGUAAAGAUCAGUUAGAACUGGGAACCAUUAUUGGGAGGCCUGUAUGGAAGACUUACAAAAUGGAACCCAAAAAGAAUGGAAAACGUGUUUUUGUGCUGAAAGAAUGUGACAAGUAUGAGUCACUUGCAGAACAAUUAAAAAAAGAUGUGUCAAGUGGAUCAGAUAAUAGAAACAUAUUUGAUGACGGUAGAUCUCAGUUGUUAUCGACAGAAGAGAUAAUUGGUUUGCGUACAAGUGGGUUGUCUGGACAAGCUAUUGUUGGACAGUUGAUAGAGAACAGCAAGACAUUUCGUGACAAAACAGAAUACUCUCAAGAGAAGUACUUAAAAAAGAAAGAGAAAAAAUACUUUGAGUACAUAACAGUUCGAUGGCCAACUAUAAGACUUAUAUCUGAGGUCAUGUACCGUACAGAUCCAGUGAAGAUUAUGGGUCUUCGCAUGGAUACAUUAUCGCAGAUUCUAACCAUUGUUGGCAUGCAUUCCCAUGGUAUGUACAUGUUGUAUGAGAGUGGAUGCCAGGGGCUUGUUGCAUCUGCAAUGUUGAACAAUAUCAGUAUUGGUGGACGACUUCUCCAUAUCCACCCAGGAAAUCUCCCUCAGAAACAAGCAAUCUAUGCAAUGAAUUAUAGCAGUGACAAAAUGUCUUGCCUUAUUAGUGUUAAUAUAUACAGUUUCCUUCGAAAGCUUCUUCAGGAAAAUUCUGUGCAAAAUGAAAAUGGUGUUCAGGUACCCAAGAAGGAGGCUGUCGUUAAUGAAGGCUUUGUGUCAGAAUCUGAAAAUGAUGGUGGAGUAAUAAAGACUGAAGAUUUCUCAAGUGAUGUAAUGCAUAGAAAAGAAAGUGUGAUAAGUGAAACAAAUUCUCUGAAUGACAAAUUGGUACAGGAUUCUUCAAGGGAAGAUAAUGAGAUUGUGGAAGAAAAGGAAAUCGCUUUAGAUGUAGUGAAUGAGAAAAAAAGGAAACACUCUGACACAGAUGAAAACAUGUCAAAGAAGCCCCGAUGGGAGCAGGAAACUGAGAAAGCAGCUGACUUUCUCAGGCUGUCCAAAGCAGAUGGCCUGGUAAUCGUUGCUCGUGAACACCCUGCCAACAUUUUGACUGCACUGUUGCCAUAUAUUGCCCCAUCAAGACCAUUUAUUGUAUAUUGCCCAUGUAGAGAACCACUUUUAGAAUUAUAUGUACAACUUAAGGGAAAGAACAGUACUGUUGGGCUUCGAGUCACAGAGACAUGGCUUCGCUCCCAUCAGGUCCUGCCGAGCCGCACUCACCCAGACAUCUUGAUGAGUGGGGGUGGAGGAUACCUUUUGAGUGGGAUAGUUGUGGAAGGUGGUACCAGUACACAGGAACUAAGUUUGUCGUAAUAAUGUUCUUAAAAUGGUUGUACUGAAACUAUGAUUCAUUAAUAAAGUAAAAGAAUGUGGAAGCCAUGCA